ACCCACUUCACUCGUCUCCUCCCUUUGUUUCGAGUCUCGUGGCAGAUCAUUAGCGUAGAUCUUAAGUUUGAAUGUACAUCCAGGUUCGUCAAAAACUUCUUCUGAUUUAUUUCUGGUUAUGCGUAUGUCUAGCUCGGUGGAUACAGGAAUAAAAGACGGUGUCUUUGAUGUGGAUAACUGGAUAUCUGCAAAUGGGCAGAUUAGUAGUCUGGAAAUUUGUGCUUAUUUUGGAAUGCAUAUGUGGUCUUGAAUUGGACAGACAGUGUCAUGCGAUGAUAAGAGGGAGAAGAUAUAUGUCAGUUAAAUUGCUGUGACAACAUAAAUUUUAUCUUUCUUUGAGUUGCGAUGAUGAGAGGGAGAAGAUAUAUGUCAAUAAACUUGCUGAGUCAACAUAAGUUUGAUCUUUUCUUGAGUGACGUUUCAACAGAGAAAUUGAUUUGGUCAGAGAGUAUGUGUUUGGCAAACAAAGAACCUAUUACCAAAUAACCACCAGAAAUAGAACAGUUUGGGAUCCACCAAGAAACGUUUCUGGAAAAAAAAAUUGCUUCAUUAUAUUUUGGCAUAUGAGUCGAACAUUAUUAAUAGGCUGUUAUUGAUAUCAAUUUUCCUAGUGCAUACUAAAUAUCCUUCACUUCACUAGUAUUCUUCCGAAUGUUCUGUGGGUUAUUGAUGUUACGUUUAAGAAAGGGGGAUAUUGUAAAAUAUAAUCCAUGCUACCUUAAAUGCUUCUGUUUGUUAUAGCUUGUAUUCAAGUUUAUUUAUUUGGGUUCUUAUGUGGGAACAUAAUUUCUACCCCCUUUAUAAGUUCUACAUUUGGUUCUGAAAUUUUAGUUGUGUGAUUAUAUUGAACACAUUCGCCCAAGAAUUUUGACGUUUAUAUUUUGUAGCUCUAGCACUCAAGAAAAGGGAAAAAAUAAAAUAUAAUCCAUGCUACCAAAUAAAUGCUUCAGUUUGUUAUGGCUGGUGUUCAAGUUUAUUUAUUUGGGCUCUUAUAUGGGAAGGUUAGGCAACUAUUGGAAAAGAAUGAUAAAGGACAUGUCAUUGCUACCUGUCGGAAUCCUGAUGGAGCAACAGGCCUUCUUGACUUGAAAAAGAAAUUUAUGGAACGUCUUAAUUUAUUGCAAUUGGAUGUAACAAAGGAAAGCACCAUAGAGGCAGCAGCAACCUCUGUAAGAGAAAGCUAUGGCAGUCUGAACCUGCUGAUUAAUGCGUCUGGCAUUCUUUCAAUACCAGAUGUACUACAACCAGAAACAACAUUAACUAAAGUAGAAAAGUCAUCUCUGCUUCUUGCAUAUGAAGUUAAUGCUAUUGGUCCUAUUUUAGUGAUCAAGCACAUGUGGCCACUGUUGAAGGUUGGAGGUGGCUCUGGAACUGAAAGAAAACAUGCUGUUGUUGCAAGUUUAAGUGCUAGAGUGGGCUCAAUUGGAGAUAAUGGAUUGGGAGGAUGGCAUUCUUAUCGAGCUUCUAAAACAGCAUUAAAUCAAUUGACAAAGACUAUAUCAGUGGAAUUUGCUCGGAAGAAAGAUCCAAUCGUUUGCAUCCUGUUGCAUCCAGGAACCGUGGACACAGACCUUUCCCGGCCAUUCCAAAGAAAUGUCCCAAAGGGUAAACUCUUCACAAAAGAGCUCUCCGUCCAAAAUCUACUGAGCAUCAUAGACAAUGCUAAAAGUAGCGACAACGGGAAGUUUUUCGCAUGGGAUGGUCAGGAGAUUCCCUGGUAGAUUAGUCCCCGUUGUAAUUAAUGAUCUCAGUCUCCCUCUAACGAACUUGACAUAUAUCCUUUUUUCUCAAUGAUCAAUUGUUGUAUUCAAUCUUCCAAGUGUUGCUUACAACUUGUUUCUGUUAGCAGAUGACAAGAAAUCAAUAACUAACUGAUAGUGUUCUUGAUCA